AUGAAUCAAUGCACACAAUGCUAUACUUCAUAUUAUCUACUUAAUGGUGUUUGCUUGCCUCGGACUCCUUUGGUGAUCAAUGACAACUCUUUUAUACUAAAUUUUAGUAAUUCGAUGAAACUUACUCCCCCCCCUUUAAAUUGAAACAAAAAAUUUUGUUUCAAUUUAAAGGGGGGUUAAGAAAAUUUUUUUAUAAAAAAAUUAUAUAUAAAAAAUUUUUUCAGAGAUAAAAUUUUAUAAUUUCAUGAAAAAAUUAAUUCAUAAAUUUUCUCAAUCUCAAAGUGUAAACUUGCUAAAUGGUAUUCUUCUAACUCUCCCCAUAACAAUUGGACAAAAUAGAGUUUAAUUUCUAAAUCUUAUAUGUUUGAAGCAUAUUAAAUAGGGUAUUAACGUAUUUACAUAUAAAAUAAUGCUUUUUACCUAUAAAAUUUUCUAUUAUAAUAAAAUUUUGUUUCAGUUUAAGGGGGGGGGUAAUUUCCCAAAAAAGUAGGAAUUUACCUAUAUUUUGUUUUAAUUUAAAGGGGGGGGGGGAGUUAGCAUGGACGAAACUCAGCAAUUGGUGAUAGGAGCAAAUGAUGGGAAUGCCUACCCAAAUUUUGAUCCAAAUGACCCUAUUCCAUCAUCACUAUCAAGAGGAUAUUAUUUCUUUCCUUAUUCUUAUAUGCAUUCGCAGAGUCUAAACCUUAGCCCUUGGUUUACAGUCACAUUCUGAGUCAAGCCUUUGUCUGAAGGGAAAUUUUUUAGUAAAAAAAAUAAUUCUGAUUAUAUUCACUUUUUGUAUUUUUCAGCAGAUGGAAAACUAAAUUAUCAAGUGAAACUGAUAAAUGGACAAAUAAGAUUAAGAUUAAGAUUACGCUGGGUAUUUAAAGUCCCUACUACGUCCGAGGUCGCAUGCCACGGUUUCCCGUGUGGUGGCAGAGCGUUCACCAAGCCCGGGCCGAAACCCGGUUUCUCGGUAGAGGUAUUGUCAAGGGCCGUAUUAUACCGGCUUUGCUGACCACCUCCAUUUCCAACUUGGAUCGUCGCCUAAGUUUACGCCAACUCCGCUUCGUCGUCCGCCAGAUCUGCCCAUUGAAGGGCACCUUUUAAACUGGAGAGAGACCCCCGUCUCGAUGUCUAACUCGCCUCCCUCUUUUCCGGUCAUCCCGAGAAAGAACUCAACAGCUUUUGCCAUUCGGGGCGAGCCACUAAAGCAGCUUAGGCAGGUAAUUCACCCUGCCUCCAUUUCGGCACUCACUGGGCUGAGCGCGCUGCUGGCAAAAAGAAGUCACGAAUAACUGCCCAUGGGUCUGGUCGCAAAAACAGCGGUUCUCGCGCUUAGGCCUCUCGCUUCGAGGUCCCGGACGUUGUUGGGCGAAUUCCUGGCUCCAAAAACCAUGCCCGGAUAUACAUGGGUAACCACCACUGGGAGGGUGGGUCGGUCGCCAUACGCCAUUUUAUGUAUAUGAUAUAAAUGGACAAAUAAUAAGCUUAUGGACAACUAGUUCAAGUUUAAUCGGUAGUUGGCAUUAUAUAUCAAUUACCUGCACUUUAGAUACUAUUACGACAAAGGCUCAGUUGUUUGUUGAUGGAUCUUUCAUAAAUGAGUCAACUAUUUAUAAUACUCUCUAUGAUGAUCCUGCUGAUACGUAUUUAGGAAAUGAGCCAUCAGAUGGUAUUUUUACUGGUUUCAUAUGGAAAGUAGUUAUUUAUGGGAACGCAAAUCAUGCUCUCGAUGACUUUCGCUCUUCAGGCUGCGAUUCAGGGUGCUCCAUAUGCUCACAAAAUUUAAACUGUCCUGACAAUUGUGGAUUCAAGCAAUUUAAUAAUGGAGAAAAAUGCACAGACUGUAGCAGUGACUGCAAUUAUGGAUGCAGGAGAAUAGAAUCAUGCAAUUUAUGUGAGGCCAUAGAAUGCGUGACUUGUGAUUCAUUUUAUGGAUGCACUUCAUGCGUUGAAGGAGCAUCAAUAGUAAACUCAGUUUGCACUUGUGACUUGGGAAAGGCGUUUAAUGGAGUUAAAUGCGAUUUUUGUGACGUGCUGUGCAGUAGCUGCACUUCUUCUAAGUACUUUAGCUGCAGCACUUGCGCAUCGACGUAUUAUUUAAUAGGACAAACUUGCCUUUACAAGAAUCCAUUUGGAUGGGAUAGCUCUAAAAACUCUCCUUAUUUAUACUAAAUUUAACCUUAGGUAAGAAAAGUAUCUAUUUCAGCAAUUUUAUCUCAUUCAAUUAAAAUUAAUAUAGUAAUUGAUGAAAGCUUUGAGACAGAAACCUUCAAAGGAUGAUAUGGAAUCUUUAUAACUGGUACAAAUAGUUACACUUUUGCUCCAUUUAAUUCCCCAGAAAUAUCUGAUCCAAUCCCUAUGGUUAAAAGAGGACUAUACUUUGAUAAUGGAGCUUAUCUACAAUCAAAUCAAGAAAUUUAUUUACCGUAUGAGUUUACUAUUAAUUUAUGGAUAAAAUCGAAAAGUGGUGACUUCUUGGAAAAGUUGGAUAAAAUUAUCGUUACCUAUAACUUUCAUGCAGUUAUAACCCUUGAAAAUUAUCUGGCUACUAAAUUUUCAAUAGUGACCUACGACGCCACUUCAUUUUCAGCUUGAACCUUUUACUCAUUGGUAGUUGCUUUCUCCAACUCAGCGACAACAAUCACAACUCUUACUAAUGGAAACUCACUUUUUCAGCAGACUUAUGAUAAAUCUUUAUUCAGAGAUUUGCCUUCAAAUUAUUUAUAGCUUGGGAAAACUUAUAGAUUGCUCUCUCACACAUCAGACUGAAACUGAGCUCGUUUGCUGCUCGGCUGAUGAUAUAAUUAGGCAGUGAAGCUGAUGAUAUAGAGCAAUUAGGCUUGGAGUUUUAGGCUCUAUUUCUGUGCCGAUUUUCACCGAAAGAGGAUUAUAAAGCCUGCAUAAGCUAUAGUUCUUGGCAAGAGCUCGAACUCAAAUUUCACAGGCUUUAUUUACAGUUUUCAACUAAUAAUAGGCGCAGUGACUGAUUUUUCAAGCUAUAUAAAGAAAGCAUGUGGAGACUCAACUAGUAGCUGCUUGCUAGAAUGCGACCAUGAUUAUUAUUUUGAAUCUUCAACAAAUUCGUGCAAGCAAUGUGACUCUUCUUGCACAAUGGGAUGCGUGAGGUCAGCUUCCUGCAAUAUAUGUGCAGAUCAGCUAUGCAAUGUAUGUAAAGGCUUUGGUGAAGGCUUAUGCACUACGUGCACAGAAAAUGCUCAAGGUGCAGUUUGUUCUUGCAAUGCAGAUUCAAUACUAAUACAAUCCAAAUGAAAGUGCCUAAAAUGCGAUAAUAAUUAUUGCGGAGAGUAAGACUCAUUCAUUAAAUAUUAUAGAGAAUCUCACUGCCAAUCCACUAAUACUUUUCAAGUCCUUUGCUCCGCGUCAUACCCUUGCUUGCCAGUCUGAAUGCACAGACUAAGUUUUGUGCUACUCCCUCCAAACAAGGGUCUGCAGUUGCUAGCCGGAGGUAAAGACACUGGGUCACUGUGCAGUAUAUCGAUGAGGUUACCUUUCCCGAAAAUUCAAAAAGUGAAUUUUGUUGGUCAGGCUCUCAACAGAGAUGAAACUUGUAGCCUAGAGCGCAUCUCCCGGUAUCGCGUUAAGAUAAUUCCCUAUUGUUCGGGUAAGCACCCUCCGACCUUGCUGGACUAUCCCUUUCCAACUUCAAAUCCAGGUAAAACCUUGACCUGGAUGUGAGCCAACUCCACAGGCCAAGUAGAACCUGACCUGACACACUCAUCGAACGCUGCUCUCCCUCCCAAAAGGUCCCCAGACUCCGUCUGACUACAGGUAUUAAUAAGGCAGGUUGGCUCUCCACUGACUAUUGCGAAGAAUGUGCUAUGAGAGAGGAAACUUAUUUUAACUGCAACAAAUGCUCGAAAGGAUAUUUAUUUCAAGGAGUUUGUCUCGAUGAAAACCCAUAUGGAGCUGAUCGCUGUUCUGAAUUACCAUGCUUAGUCAUCAAUGCUGAGUUUGAGACAGAUUUUACAGGGGUAUAUGACGUUUUCAGAACAUGCAGUGGCUCAGAUACAUUUCAUUUCUGGAAUAACCCUGAGGCAUGUGAUCCAAUCCCAGCAAAAGAUAGAGGGCUUUACUUUAAUGGAAACAAAUUUUUGGCUUCAGACUUGCUUUACUUUUCACAUUCAUUUUCAAUUGUUUCCUGAAUUAAUAGCUAUGGAGAAGGAGUUAUUUUUCAAAAAAAUGAUAGAAUUAUGGUAGGAAGUGAUUUUUCUGCCCAAAUCACUAUGUUCGGCCCCGCUGGUGGAGUUAAAGAAGAGUCAAUUAUUCAAUCUAUUAUAAGUGGCUGGUGCCAAUUUGAAUUAGCAUUAAGCUCUUUAAACGGAAUUCAAACGAUAACUAUUUUUUUGAAUGGUAUCCAAGCCAGAAAACUAUCAGAGUCUGAGUAUUUAUACAGAGAUGUUUCGAGCUAUUUAGUGAUCGGAAAAGGGGGAAGUAAUUUUUAUUUUAAAGGCUUUAUCUAUGAUUUUAAGCUGUUUAUUGGUACUAUAAAUGAUCCAUCACUUUAUAAUGACAAAUCAAUUUGUGCGGUGGGUAGCGAGAGGCCUUGCCUAUCACCUUGCACUUUCUUUGAGUUUUAUGAUGAUAGUUGCAUUGCUUGCAACGAUACAUGCUCAAGCGGCUGUAUAAGACCCAAGUCUUGCAAUCUUUGCUCUGAUAGACUUUGCAUAAAGUGCCCAAGUUUCAGUGACGGCUCUUGCAAUGAAUGUGUAGUCAAUGCUCAAGGUUCAGUUUGCACCUGCAAUCCUGACUCAAUUCUUAUAAAAUAUGAAAUAGACUGGGCUUGUGAAAAAUGCGACAACGGCUACUGCACAGUCUGUGACAAGCGCGAAGCAAUUUAUUUCGAUUGCAAGGAGUGUGAAAGUGGUUAUUUAAUCAAAAGGGUUUGCUUAGACCAAGUUCCUUAUGGCUUUGAAGAGAAUAAGUGCCUUGGUUCGGCCUGCUUGGUAAUUAAUGCAAAAUUUGAAUCAGAAUUUAGUGGAGAUUAUGACGUAUUUAAAACUUGUGGCAGCUCAAGCUCUUUUAAUUAUUGGCAAAAUCCUGAAGAGUGCGACCCUAUUCCAAUUAAAGGAAGAGGACUUCAUUUUAAUUCCAGCCAAUUCUUGGUUUCUGAUGCCCCUCUCUAUUUCUCGCAUACCUUUUCAAUUGCUUUGUGAAUCAAUAGUUAUGGAGCUGGAAAUAUUAUAGAAAAAGAAAAUCGAAUAGUUUUGCCUAGCAAUUUUUCAGCUCAGGCUUCACUGAUAAAUCCAUUUCAGUCAAUUUUAUUAUCAGAAACUAGUGCUAUUUCUUCAAGUGAUUGAAAUUUAUUCACUCUUAUCGUCAGUUAUUUUAAUGGCUCAACAACAAUUUCAGCCUAUAAGAAUGACAUGCAGCACUCUCUCAAUACUUAUUCACAGUAUUUGUUUAGGGACAAGUCAAGCCACUUAUUUAUUGGAAAAGGCACAAAUUCUGGAUUUACAGGUUUUAUUUUUAGCUUUAAAAUGUAUAUUGGACUAAUUGAAAGUAUAGGUACAGACUUAGACAGCAUUUUCUGUAUAUCAGGAGAUUAUAAAAAUUGUAUAGCCCCUUGCAAACUGUCUGAGUACUUUGACGGUAGCUGUAAAUCCUGCAACAGUUCUUGCACUUUAAACUGUGUAAGAGCUCCAUCUUGCAAUAUAUGUGCAGACCAAUUAUGCAUAAAAUGUUCAGGGUUCAGCGAUUUAUCACAUUGCGAGCAAUGCACAGAAAGAGCCCAUGGGACAGAAAAAUGCGAAUGUGAUGGAAACGCUAUUUUUGUGGAAACUAUGUAUGAUCAUAAAUGCGAGUACUGUGAUGCUUUAUAUUGCGAUAUCUGUAGCACUGGUAAAUGGUUUGACUGCUCUGAAUGCAAAGCAGGGGUUUUGGUUGGCUCAGCUUGCCUCGAUGAAUAUCCAUAUGGCUAUAUAAAUGCUAACUCCCCCCCCCCCCCCCCUCCGUGAGCGAACAAAACCAUUAGAAAAAUCGCCAUUUUUUGACCAAAAACCCACCCUCCGUGAGUGAACAAAAAUUUUUUAAAUAGAAAAAAUUUUUAUGGAAAAAAAAUUUUGAUAUAUAAGUGAUAAUUAGUAUAAUGAAAUCUAGAGCUAAUUCUGUUUAAUUUUUAAACAAAUUGCGUUUUAAAACAUAAAUUUUGCAAAUUAAAUUAAUAUUUGCUUCCCAAUUUUUGCAAAUUAGGAUUUUUUUAAAUUUCGAAAAAAAUAUUUUUUAUAAAAAAUUUAUAUAUAAAUUUUUUUUUAAAAAAAAAAAUUAAACCCCCCUCCGUGAGCGAACAAAAUUUUUUUGUUCGCUCACGGAGGGGGGGGGGGGAGUAAAGAAGAUGCAUAUGCAGCUAUUGAUGCCGAAUUUUCUGAAGAGUUUGCAGAGUAUGAUAUUUUUAAAACUGGUAAAAAUAGAAGCCAGCAUUAUUUUUUCAUGGACCCAGAACUGAAUUUUGAUCCAAUCCCAGCAAUCAAGAGAGGACUAUAUUUUGAAGAUAAUCGAUUUUUAAAAACAGAAGAAAUGGUUUACCUUUCUCAUUCUUUUUCUAUAGCGGCUUGGGUUCAUGCAAAAAUAGUAGGCAUAAUAGUUAGAAAAGAGGGUAAAUUUGCGUUUUCGAGCAGCCACAUUCUGAAUAUUACUUUAAAAGAUCCUUUGGAUGCAAAUAUACCAGUGAUUACCCCUGAAGCUUUUUACAGUAGUUGGAUGCAUAUAUCAUUUUCAGUGUCUUAUUCUAGCGGAGCUACAACACUUCAUAGCUACUUAAAUAAUAUACAGCAUAAUUCAAUAUCUCAAGAUAAAAGUAUUUUCCGAGAUAUUCCAAGCGAAAUAGUCAUUGGAGGCCCAGGAUUCGCUGGAUUCAUAUAUAAUUUUAAGCUUUAUAUAGGCGCUGUUCAUGAUUUUAUCAGUUAUUCAGAAAUAAGUAUUUGCCAACCUGAUAAAGAUGAUAACUGUUUAUGAUCUUGCGAACUAUUUGAAUAUUGAGAUGGUUCAGCCUGCAAACAAUGCAAUUCAUCAUGCGAAACUACCUGUGUGAGAUUUCCAUCAUGCAAACUGUGUAAUGAUCAGCUCUGUCAAGAAUGCUCAGGGUUUUCUGAUACUUCAAAUUGCUACAAAUGCAUAGAAAGAGCUCAUAAUUUAAACGAACAAAAUUGUGCCUGUGACGCUAAUACUAUUUUAACCACAGAUGGCUCUGACUAUUUUUGUGAGUAUUGUGACCUGGACUACUGCUCAACUUGUAGAGGUCAAGGAUACUUCUCUUGCUUAGAAUGCGUGAAAGGGGAAUUAGUAGAUAAUGUCUGCUUAGGCCAAUACCCAACUGGGCUUGAAGAAUGUGCUGGUAAAGAAUUAUGCGUAAUGGCUGAAAUAAAUUCAAAGGAUAAUUUCAAUGAAACUUAUGGAAAGUUUAUUGCUGGGGCUAAUAAAGCUUCAUAUAACCCUUUUAAUUCACCUGAAAAUGAAGACCCAGUGCUAGCAAAGGACAGGGGCUUCUUUUUUGAUGGAAAUUUUGCAUUCCUCCAAAGCGAGCAGCCAUUUUAUUUUUCUCACACUUUUUCGCUUUUGAUGUGAAUUUGGAGCCAAGGAAAUGGAGACAUUCUUGAGCAGGGAGAUAGACUUUUAUUAGCAAGUAAUGGAGCUUUGUCAAUAACUCUGCAAGAUAGAUUUUCUCAGAAUUUUACUUUUCAAAUGUCAGGAAUCAGUUUUGAAGGCUGAACUUACGUCUCUUGCACUAUUUCAUACGAAAGUUCUGUAACAUCUUUAUGGGCGUAUGCAAAUGACAGAGAAAUAAUAACACGAGGAUUCCCGGAUUUGCUAUUUAGAGAUAUGGUGAGUUCGACUCUUUUUAUAGGAAAAAGCUCAAAGUCGCAUUUUAAAGGGUUUUUAUAUAAGUUUCAAAUAUGGAAGAAUAGCAGAAAUAAACUUGAAGAUUCGGAAAGCCUUGGAACUUGUGGACCUUCUUUAGGAGAUUGCUUAUCUCCGUGCAAGAUAAAUGAAUUUUAUUCAGUGGAGAAUGAUAAAUGUAAAAGUUGCCCCAUUUCUUGCAAUAAAGGGUGCAUAAGAGAUGAUACUUGCAAUAUUUGCCAAGAUCCUUUAUGUGCUAUAUGCCCCAAUUUUGGAAAAACAAAUUGUAUUGAAUGCAUCCCCCAUGCUUCAGGAAUUGAAAAAUGUAAUUGUGUUGAGAAUUAUUGCUUAUCUUUAGAUAGACUUAAUUGUAUCAGGGCUCCUUAUGAGAAUAGCCCUGAACUAUAUUGGUUUCAUUCUAUACCUCAAGAAAAUGUCAUUGUAGGAAACUGAAGUGGAGAAUUUAUUAUCAACACCAUUCAUGGCUUUAUUGAGAGUGUUGAGUUAUUAAAUAGCACAGAUUUUUUGCUGACUCUCCUCCCAUCUUGAUUAGUAAAAAAUUUUUUAAUAUCAAUUGUCUAGUGUAUAUAUUUAAUACUAGCAACUAUUUAUAAAAUAGAUUUAAACUUUAAAAUUGCUUUGCUUAAUUAAUUAAUUUAUAUAAAUUUUGAAAAAAUUGGUUAUCGAGCAGCUAUAUGCAUAUUAAAAUGGCGACGGCGAACCAAUCCUUUUUCUCAACACCUGUAGCCGACUAUGUUGGGACCUUGUGGAAGUGAAUUAGUGCUAUGUGGUAUAUCCGGCUUGGUGCAAUGUCAAACUUGGUUAACCGCAGCUCAUUCUGAUGUCAAGUUUUUUACACACGGGAAAUAGUUUCCAAGGUUGAAAAGGGGAAGCUCAGCUAUUCCAAGGACAUCCAUGUUGUCAAUCAGGCAGCUCACUAGCGUGAAACUGGAAGUUACGUCUAAUGCUUUGGAUUUCCAUUUUGGCCAGAAAAUUUGUUUUUCAAAUUUUCGGAAAGGACAACUCUGUUGGCAUACGGAAGGUUGCUUACCUCAUUCAACUUCGGGUAGCGAGUGCAUAUCCUUGUUCAGAAGAAGCAACAUUUUGAAGGCUCUGAGACGGUUGAUGGUGAGUAGCCAAGUGGAGCGCUAUGGGUGGAGUUAGGUCCUUAAUUGGGAAUUACGGCGGACUUCUCUAUAUUUAAGUAAUAUUAAUGGCUAUCGAGUAGCUAAGGGAGUAAGCAGUAAUGAAUGCUCAUUUAGCUCUUUCAACGAAAAUUUUACAUGCUCAUUCACGCUAUCUAUUAACCCAAGCUACAGCAUUAGUAGCAACCCUUCAGUUGUCCAAGUUCAGUAUCAAGGAUAUUUAUAUCCUAUAUCUUUUAACGCUUUUUAUGAUGAUUUUUCAAAGUAUUUGAUUAUCCAUCAAGAAUUGAUAAACAUAAAAUAUUAUUUUGAGAUAAGUUAUCUCAAAAUUAAAUUAUAUAAUCAAUUAGUUUUCACAGAGGAAUUUUGUACUAAUGAGAAAUGCUCAUCUGCUCAAUGCGAUAAAAUAUUGUCAAAAGAUUCAAUAAUCUCCCUAGGAAAAAGCGUUUCUUGCUUCAAAAUAUCUAAAAAUGAAUUGGAAAUUUAUCUAGGCCAUAUUCAAGACAGUGCAAAAUCCUUGACAUUCAUUGAAAAAGUUUUUGCUGACUCAAAUACUAAUGAAACUAAUCUUGCAUAUAUAACUAUGAGUAUCAAGGAGGAAAAACCCCCUAAGCCGAAAGCUAAUAUCACUCAAAUUAGCUCAAUCUGCUGCUCUUGCGAAUUGACUCUUGACGGAUCUCGAUCAACGGGAAUGGGAAAUCUUACAUUUUUAUGAUCUUUAAGCAAGUUCUUAAGCUAUUCUGGUGGUAUAAAUCAAAAAUUUUACAAUAUUACCUUACUCAUUCAGAAAUACCAAGAGUUUUUCUCAUUCAAAUAGCUAGGAUAAUUUUUAUUCAUAAUAGUGUACUAAUUUAUUUUAUUCUAUUCUUCUUAGAAUUAGCUUGAAAUCGUUUGAAACCUUAGGUGUUUUUUAAAAAAAUUACAGAAAAUAUUAAGCAGGCCUAAUUCAUUAAUUGAGGGGCAAAUUAGAAAGUUGCGAGAGCGCAAAAGAUCAUAAUUACUUUGAGGUAACUUUGAACGUAACUGACAAGUUUGGCCAAUCUGAUUUAUCUACCACUUCAGUUAACAUGAUAUAUGAUGAAGUAGCCAUUUCUAUAGCUAAUAAAGAAACCCUCAAUAUCGGUACCGAUUCACCAUUAAAGCUAAAAUUCCAAUAUCAAAAAAGCACUCUUAUAGACUUAGAUCCAAAUCCUUCAAUUUCUUGAAGCGUUGCAAAAAGUAAUAGACAGUUGUCUGAAGAUACAGAUUACAGCACAUCAGGUGUUGAGUUUACUUAUUUAUUUUCAAAAAUCGGUGAAUAUGUCGUGACUGCAAACGUACUAUUCAAUCGUGGCACUUAUACUCGCUCUGCUAGUGUAAAAGUUGUUGCAACUCCGCCGCCUCCUAAUCUGAUGGUUUUAGGUGUAAACACGACGGUCUAUUCUAAUUCUUAUAUUACUGUUAAUCUAACUGCAACCUAUGGAAGCGAUGAAAUAUAUCCAUUGGAGAAGGGAUCUGUGAAAUUUGCUGAAAAAAGUUGCACUUAUGGAAAAUUUGUUGAAAUCGCUGGGAAUUCUUUUAAUUUGGAAAUAAGAAAUAUAAAUUCUUACUUUACUUGCGAUUUUACUAUCAGUUUGACUGAUUAUCCAUCAGUCACUGCAAAUUAUUGGGUAUUUGUUUCGCCAGGUAUUGCUCCAAAAGUUUAUAUCAUAACAAAAUAUCCAUUUUUGGACUGAUCAUCUCCUGUGAGAAUUCUUGCUCAUGUAGAAAACGAAAUGAACACAAUUAUUUCUUGGGGAGAAGCCAAUAAUCUGACUUUUACUCCUACAACACCUAUAGAUCAAGCUGGGAUUACAAUCAAAGAGUUCAGUUUAACUCCUGGAAGAGAAUAUGAAUUUACAGUAACAGUAAUCGAUAAAAAAACUUAUGCAAAAACAAAAGUGUCCCUAAAACGAUAUGUUAACUGCCCACCAAAUGGAGGAACUUUCGAAAUUGAUAACAAUUCUAAAGGAAAUACUUUAGAAACUAAAUUUGGGAUUUUAUUUUCAGGAUGGAGCGAUCCUGAAGGCAAUGAGCCUUUAUCCUACCAAAUCUUCAUAAAAUUGGAAAACAGCACCAGAGCGUUAAUACCAAAAACAACAGAAAACAAAUUCACAAUAAAGCUUGGCAUUAUAGGGGAAGCGAUUUUGCUCGGUAGAGUCUAUGAUUCCUAUGGAACUUUUAUUGAAGUGGAAUCAAUAGUUUAUCUAAAUGAUACAGGCAGCAUUUCUAUUAAAAACUUCACUGAAAAUUUGGUGGCUAAUGGGACUGAGACUAUGGAUUCAAGCCUGCUCAUUUCUUCAAUAACUGCUGCAGGCCUUUAUAUAUCGAAUACGACUAAUGACGAUGAAGAAAUAAAUUCCAGCAUAUCUAACUCUGUUGAUGCACUAGAUAAAUGAAUGAACAACUCUAUGAAAGGCACAGGCUUGUCGGAUUCCAGCACAGUCAUGGAUAGUGUCAAUAUUUUGCUCGAGAGUGCGACAAGCUUAAACGAAACCACUUUGGUGAAACUGCAUGAAACUCAAGACAGUGCUUUAAAUAAAACCAAAGUUUUAGACACUCAUGCUUAUAUGACAGCCCUUCCCAAUAUUGAUUUGCUUAUGCAAAACCUUGGCUCACUCUUGGAAAAGAAUUCAAGUGAUCUUUCAGAAAUAGAAAUCCAUAGUUUGAUGAAUAAGACUUAUAAUGAAGCAAGCUUAAAGUACUUAAUUCCGGUAAACCCAAAUGAGGAGCCAGUGAACUUUACUGGGAUGAAAUUUAAUUCGACUUGCCUUUCUGUAAAUGGGCAUUCUAUAUCUGAUCGUGUCAGUUAUAACUCAUCUAAGCCUAAUACUGAUGCUCAAUUUAAUAUUGACACUUCAAAGAAUCCAGAUUCAACAAUAUAUUUGCUUUCUGUUCUUACCCUUAAUCCCUUCAAAAGCAUUUCUAACAGUUUUCAAAAGGAGGCAACAAGCUUUUACAAAUACCCAGAGCCUUUUACAUUCAGAGAAGGAAAUUUAAAUAUUAACGCCCCAGACACUCAAGUAGACAGUAAAUUUGACUAUUCUGAUCAAUAUGAGUCAAGCCUAGUCCAAGUCGGGAUUUCUCAAAACACCGACUCGAUAUUUAGCCCAGUAAUAACUGCUCCACUGCUAACGAAUUUAAGUGUUGUGGUUGCUUAUGAUGUUUACGACAAAGAUUUACAAAUGACUUGCUCUGUCUAUCUUCAGCAAAUCAGUCAGUUUUCUUUUAAGUUUUGUGAAACAUUUUUCAAAUCGGAAGGUGUGGCAACUUGUACUUGUGAAAUUGCAGGACUGAUAAUGAUUCCGCCUUACCCAUCAGUUUCAAGGAAUUUGAAAGACAGAGCUAAGUCAGUGAAUCUUGAAAUUCCCAAGGUUGGUGCUAUUCCAGUAUUUGUAAUAUUCGGAUCUUUACUCUUUGUGCUUUAUUUUGCAUGGCUAGAUAUUAGUAGGCUUGAACGAAAAUAUGCAGACCCUUUAAAAGAGCAAACAUUGAAUAUUAAUGAAACAAUUGCUAAGGAGAUAAGCAUACUAAGCAGCAAUCUCUAUGUGAAUAACCAGCUGAUAAACGUUGACAAACUUAUGCAGAUUUGGGAAAAAGGGGAAAUAUAUGAGGUUGAAAACGAGUGAAAUGAUAAUGAGGAGAGAAAAGACUCUGAAACUACGAACUUAGAAAAAAAUGAAGUCUACCCUUACUUUAAAAAGGAAUUAAGAAAUAAAUUAACGAGCAUAAUUGAAGACCAAAAUAUACUAAAUUCAUUGCUUACUUUUGAAAGGAUUAAAAUGCAUAUUGAGAACUGUAUUGACAAACGUAAUUUGGAAGAUAUAGAAACAGUCAUAAAUGCACUAUGUAGCGCGAAAAAUGAGGAAAGUGAAAAAUUUUUAUUAUGGGCGCGAUUUCUUUAUAAAGAAAAAAAUGGAUUGCUCACAUUUAUUUCCAAAAUAAAACAGAAGCAAAUUAGGAAUUUGUUAAGAUUUUCAUAUGUGCCAGUCUUAAAUUUAGUAAAUUGUAUGGAAACUUUCAAACAAAAAAUCAAAUACAAGCAUUAUAAUUGAAUCAUUCAAGCUAUAAGAAAAUAUAUAUUAAACCCAUAUGAAGAUGAAAAUGCUCCAAAAAAAGAUUUUGAUGAUACUAAAUUAAAAUGUGAAUCAAAAGAAACUCUUAUUAAAUCCAUUAAAAAGCUUGAAGGAAAUAUUUUUGCAUACAUAAAGCUGAGAACUCCUACACUGAAGCUAGAAGGAUUCUUAAGAAAGUGAUUUUUUGCAUCCCUAAAAGAAUCAUUAUCUCAACCUGAAUGAAAAACUGCAUUUGUCAGGGACGAUAUCUCGAGAAGAGACACAAAUAUACCAGUAGGAGUUCCGAUAGAUCUGGAUGACAUAAAAGUUGAAGGUAUUGGCAAUGAGCUAGAAGGGAUGAUUGAAAAUUCAAACGAUGACGAUUAUACUCCUAUUUUUUUCUCAAUAUUACCCAAAUUUUUAACAAAACUCGUGGAGCACAAAAUCGAUAAUUUCACUCCAUCCACAACCUUCAUUCAAUUUUUUAUCUCAAAUAAUCACAUUUUUGGCAUCAUUGGGAACACUGAUUUAAACUUCUCUCGAAAAGGGAGACUUAUAUAUUUUUUUGCUGCUGUAUCGACUGAAAUCGCGAUUGCAAUAUCAGCUUUUGAUGGAUAUACCAAAUACAUUAACAAUCAAGUUGACUUAAUCUUCCAGUUUCCCGAAGUAACAUUAGUGAUAUGGUUUGUAUCAUUUAUCCUUGGAUUCUUGCCACUAUUUUUGAAAGUUUUUCUAAAGGACAGAUUUUUGGAGAAUCAGCUAGUAAAGAAUAAAAAUGACUCAACUAAAAAUUGGAAGGUAAUGGUUGGGUAUUUGCUUAGUUUUGCUUGGAUAGGAGGCUGCUGGCUUUAUUCUUUUGAAAAAUUGAAUAAUUACCCAAUAGCAAAUAUUGGUGCUUAUUUAUUGUACAUUCUCCAAGCAUUAAUUUCAUUUUUGAUGAUAAAUGGCUUGAUUUUGCCAGUAAUUCUUGCAGUGAUAGAAAUGUAUUGCUGCUUUAAAUUUGUAAAUUGGAGAGUCAAGAGAUGGAUUAUUUUUUUCAAAAGAAGAUUUUCCAAAAAUAAAAAAGUGCAAAUUUUACCAACAAAUGAUUAUGAGUUCUCGAGUAGAAAGUAG